AUGCAGCCCUGGAAUUGGCGGCCGAAAAAGAAAUCCAUACUGGACGCCAAGGACCGCAUUCGAGAACAGCUCCAGACAACACUCGGAGAUGGCUCGCUCAACAUCGAGUUUACGAUAAAGGAGAAGAAUCGGCGCAUCCUCGCUCUGGAAGGUGAGAAGCGGCGGCUGGCGACCGAGGCGGCUCAGACGAUCGAGCGGCUGCGGGCGUCACUCCGAGCGUCCGAGGCGCACCGCAAGCUGCUCGAGGCUGGGGGUGGCCAGCCCAACGCGCGUGCGCCAGCGAAUAGCUUUGCGCGGCUCGCGGCGGAGACGGCGGAGAGGGCGAGGCUUGCGGCAGAGGCGGAGCGGCUCGCCGCGGACAAGGCGUCCCUCGAGGGCAAGCUGUCUGCCCUCGAGGCCGCCGCGGCAGCUGCCUCUACCUCGGCCUCCGCCACCUCGGCCUCCUCCGCGGCGGUGGUGGCGCAGCAGGAGCGGCAGCUGGCGCAGCAGGAGCGGAAGCUGGCGCAGCAGGCAGACGAGUGGGGGGUCGCGAAGGCGCGGGCGGUGGCGCAGCUUCGGCAGCUGCAGGCCGAGAAGCAGCAGCUGGCGGGCGAGAAGGCGGACCUGCUCGCUGCGCGCGACCGCGAAGCGCGGCGCGCCGACGCGUCCGAGGCGCGUGUGGAGCUGCUCGAGGGCAGGCUGGCCGACCUCGAGGCGGCCGCACGCGCAGACGCAGCCAUUCGCCGCGCCGAGGCCGAGCAGCUCCGCACCCAGCGGCUGCCGGACCCGGCCGGCCCUCUCCCGUGCGCCACUGAGGCGUUGCGCGCAGAAAGCGAUGCAGAGGAGGCGCAGAGGGCGGCGGAGGAGGCGCGAAGGGCGGCGGAGGAGGCGCGGAGGGCGGCGGAGGAGGCGCAUCACGCCCGCGAGUCGGCGCUGGAGGAAGAGGUGGCGACGCUCUGCCGAGACAAGGAGGCGCUGGCCAGCGAGAAGGAGCGGCUGGCGGCGUUGCUGGCGAGGGCGGAGGCGUGCAUCGGGGAGGCGGCGCCGCCGACAAACGUGGCGUGUGAUCGCUGCCCCGAGCUGCAGGCGGCGGCAGAGGAGCGGCUGGCUCCGAGCUGGCCGCGCUGA